AUGAAGGAAAAUCUGAAAUUCAAGUUGGAUCUCCUUCAGGCCCAACUAGCCAAGAUAAACGGUCAGGAAGACAAAACGAGCGGCAAGUUAUUCCAGACCAAGUUUGCCGUUCUGAAAAAGUCAGAAGACGCUGACCCGGAGCAGAUUUCGGCCGAAAUCGAACAGAUCAAACAGGAGCUAGCCAAUCGACGAAUGCACCAUGCUCAAGUCAGUUUACAGCGCCAGCUGAAGGCUGCAAAACAAGUUGAAGACCUCAAAAUCACCAAAAGACUGAAAGCUGCUCAAAAUCAGGAGCAAAAAGUCGCGGCCCUGCAAGAGGAAGCAAACAGUUUGAAAGAAUUCACUCCUGCUGAUUUGGCUAACGAGAUCGCCAACCGGGCCGUCCUGAAGCAUUACGGACCGGUGGCUGGGUUUGAAAAACAAAAAUACUCCACCUCACAGGCCAAUGUAUAUGCAAGGCUUUGCAAACUACCUGCGAUCCAGCAAAUUGUCGACACCUUGGUGAGGGGUCUCGCAGAGUGGUAUAAUCCUCUCGAGGGGUUUGGUCCGCAAGCCACCAAGGCGAAAGAUAUUCAGCCGGCUGCAAAGCUACCUCAAUUAGAAAUUGCUCCUGCACCCGCGCAGCAGGACGACUUCCAUCAGUUUGAAUCGGACCAUGAGGAGCCCGAAGAAAGCGAGAGCGAGAGCGAUGGGUUUUUCGAGCAAGACAUUGAAAUUGCAAACACAGACAGUGAGGAUGAAGGCAAUCUCCCCGCUCUCACCCAGGGCUAUAUUUCUGGAUCGGAAGACGAUGAGCCCGAGAACCCCAUGCCCGAACGUAAGAACCGCCGUGGUCAACGGGCACGACGCAAGAUCUGGGAAUUAAAGUACGGGAGCCGAGCCAAACAUGUUUUGAAGGAAAAAGAAGAGUACGAAAAGAAGAAGCAGAUGAAAGAAGCCCGACAGAAGCAGCGCGCCGCCAAGCAGCAGCAGCACAAAGAAGAAACAAAAAACAAGCCAUUGCACCCGUCAUGGGAGGCCCACAAAAAGCAAAAAGAAGCACAAAAGGCUGUGCAAUUCGCAGGUAAGAAAAUCACGUUCUGA